ACUCUUAAUAUUUAUACAUCAGCCAUCAAUGGUCUUAGGCCUGCCAACAGAAAAUGAGAUCUGUUUUUUUAACAAUUAUAUUAGCAUCCACAGCAUUAUCACUGCGGUGUCCAUGUGGGUGGAGUAUCUACCAGUCUAACUGCUACAGAUAUUAUCCGCAGAGAAAGACAUUUACGCAGAGUUUGGAUUUUUGUGAACAGCAGAUAUUUUACUCUGCACAUAGCACCAAGCCAACAAAUAGUAAACAGGUAUCUAUACAUAGUCCAAGUGAAAAUGAGUUUGUGUUCGGACUCGUGCCGUCUGGCGUCACCGUUUGGCUUGGGCUAUACGUUGAUAACAAUUUCAAGAGAGGAGCAUGGCUUUGGACUGAUGGGUCACCGUUUGACUACAGUAAUUGGGCCCCUGGUGAACCGAACGGUAAUAAACAAGAUUAUGGCUCAAUGUGGAAUUGUGUUCAUCCAAAAAAAUGGGAUGAUGCUAAUCCGAAUAGUUAUUACAGUUUUGUCUGCAAAGUGCCUGCUGGUGAUUGUCUUAAAUCACAAUAUGAAAGCAAGGUAUACCGUGCUACCGAUUGCAAAAAUGGCGGCAAAUUCAACGGCAGCAAAAUCACCGGCGGAGUAUGCAUUUGUCCUUCACCUUAUUCGUGCAUAGACUGCUCGUGGUAUAAUGGCUGCAUGAGUAAUCCAUGUCAGAAUGGCGGGAAGUGCAUCGAUAAAGAGCAGAGCUAUUCUUGUGAAUGUGAAAAUGGUUUCACAGGAAUCCAUUGUGAAAUAUACGCAGCCUGCUUAGCGCUUCCUUGUAUGAAUGGUGGAAAUUGUUCUAAGGAUCCCGAAAAGGAAAGUUUUGUUUGCACAUGCCCUGAAGAUUAUUCUGGAGCCACGUGUCAGACGUAUAUCGGUUAUACAUCAACUGCACCUAACUACCUGAUGGCAGUGUACAUAGUCUGUAUCGUAAUACUGGUGGUGAUGUGUACAUUUUUUGUCUUCAUGUACAGGCACUAUUCGAAAAAACACAGGAGAAUGGAUACAGAUACGACUAUGACUGAUUAUGCCAUUAAUAGUGAUGUGGCUAAUUCAGUUUAUUAUGAAGUACAAAUAACGACGAAUACACCAGAUAACACCGAGUAUUAUUCUACCCCAUUGUAUUGAUGAGUCUGCUGUAGCAUGUUCAAGUUCAGUCUGUUUACUGUCAUGUAAAAAAAAUUCACAUAAAAAUCUUCCUUCAAGUUUCUAAGAUACAAAUCUAAAAUAAAUACACAUAAUAUAAAAUGAUGCUAAAUUACAUGUUACACUUAAAAUGAAAUUGAAUUAGUUCCUAUAAAAAUAUACAAUAUAAAGUACAUUACAUGUAAACAUUAGAAUCUUACUAUUGCAGUUGUACACAUGUUGAUUGUAAAUAUAUUCGGAUUGAAGACGGAGGAAAAUGUGUUGCUAUGACGAAAGUUUCCCAUUAACGAGUUCAUACUACCUGGCUUACUUAAGUUAUUACAUUUAUUUAGAGUGUGUGUGUGUGUGUUUAUCUAAUAUACAUUUAGAUUCACUGUAUAAAUAUAUAAAUAUUUUCGAUUUCUGGAACAUCAAAGCAUAUUAUCUGCAUAUUAUUAGGCGGAAUGACAUAAUCGACUGAAUUAUCGGCUGACAUUGAAACGUCUUAAUUUUUUUUUUUAUUUUUUUUUUUAGUAGAGUAAUUACUUACCUUUUUUGUACAACCUGUUCAAAUAUCUUAGAACAAGACUGUUUUUCAUUUAUCAAAUCAAAAACAUUAAUAUUUUUAAAUGUCAGUGUUGGGCACUAUUUUUUCCUGAAAUCAAAUUUUCUUUGUUUCACUUAGAUUUAUAAUCAAGGUAUUGUUAUCACCAAGUUUAUAAAUUAUCAACUUCUUGUCUGUAAGCACUCUCAUCGUUAGUAUUUGUUAUUAUUUAUUAAACCUGUUAACAAGUGUCGUCGCAUGAUCUAUGUAAUCACAAAGUAAAGAUGA